AUGGCGGAGCAGCGACGAAAUCUACCUGGCAACCCGUUCUUCCCGUCGAGAAGCAACGGUGACGGCUCCGUUGACACCCCGGAAACACCACAACUCAUCGACUCGCUCACCUCACAAAUCGACGAAUUCACGAUUCAGGGAAUCAUUGAUACGCAGCGACAGAGUAGAAUUAUUGUUUCUUUUCGAGACGAACGAACUCCUCUCGACGUCUAUAAUGGUCAACUUCCACUACAUAUUCGAGUUCGUAGAAUUCGUUUGUUUCCGGAAUCGGAUAACGACGAAGCGACGGGAAGUUUGGUACCGUAG